AUGGACGUCGACGCCGACGCCGACCCCGACGCCGACGUCAGACGUGACCCUAAGAGGCGCAAGACGCGAAAGGGAACCCGGAGCUGCUGGGCGUGCAAGCGGCGCAAGGUCAAGUGCACAUAUGCGCGGCCGACCGACGACGUGUGCAUCGGGUGCGCCCGCCGCUGCCUCGAUUGCGUCGGCCAGGAGUUUCCCGAGCAGGACCCCGGCCCGUCGUCAAAGAGCCGCCUCGUCGGAGACCGCAUUGGCCGGCUUGAGUCUAUGAUCCAGCAGCUGGCCGAACAGGUCGGUGGUAAUGGCCAUCCCAAUCCCCAUGCCCAUGCCCAUGCCCAUCCAAAUGCCCAUCCAAAUGCCUACAUCGCCUCUUCCAGACUCAGUUCGCCGUCAACCCCAGCCGGCAUCGGCAUCGGCAUCGGCAUCGGCACCGGCACCAGCACCAGCAUACCCGCGAUAUCACCACUAGUGGUGCCCGCACCCCUACCACCGCCUUCAGGGCAUCGAACCCUCUCGCAAACACUGCUCGCCGCCUACCCGUCACCUUCCGACCUCCGUGUCAUCGGCAGCGCCCGCCAAAACCUGGCUCUCUACCUGCUCCAGGGAUUUGUCGCGCCGUCCCACCUGCUCGGGAAGGGGGUAGCACUCGAGUUGGAGAAGCUGUGGGGCGCCCCCGGAGCACAACUACAACAGUACACGGCAGAGAGCCACCCGGUCCUCAUUGCCCGACAGAUGCUCCUACUUGCCGGCGUUCUACAGCACCUGCAGGCUGCGGUGUCCGUGAGGAGUAGCAGCAGCUACCAGCAGUUGGGCGACUUGUCCCGGCCGCCGCACGCCCUGGCGAGACAACUGGCAGAAGCGGCCACGACUUUGGUGACGGCGCACGAUAGGUUUACCACGGGCAUCCUCGAGGGCGUUGAGUGUCUCUGGCUCGAGGCCGUGUAUCAAGAGCAGAACGGAAACCUUCGCCAGUCCUGGCUCGUCUGCCGAAGGGCCAUUUCUGCAGUGCACCUCCUAGGAUUUCAAGGGCGUCGUCGGUCUGCGCAUAUCUCGAUGAACCCACCAAAGUCGAUACUACGGCAGCAGUCCGAUGGCGAGGCGGCCGACUUGCAGCAGAUGUGGCUACGCCUCGUGCACGGCGAGCUUGCGCUAUGCUUGGCGCUGGAGCUACCGCCCUCGGCCUCUUGCCCGCUUGAGACUUUGACGGCCGUGGCGGAUUCGGUUACAGAGGGCGGCGACACAAAUGCAAGCAUGCUCGAGCGCAGACAUGCUGCGAUAGCCAGUCGCUUGCUUCAGCGGAGCGAGCGUGAUCCAGGCUUCCAGGACUUGGGCGCGGCGCUUCAGAUCCGUGCCGAGCUGGAAGACGUCGCCAGCGCCAUGCCGGGCGGAUGGUGGCAGACACCUAGCCUAGCCGAUUACGGAACGGACGAGGUCGACGACGACGGGCAUCUAUUCGAAAUAAUCAUGAAUCUCAGAGCGCAGAUAUUUCACUUCCACCUUCUCCUGCUUGCUGAACUUCCAUCCAUGCUACAGGCAACAUGCGGUGAGCCCACCAUGACCACCACGACCACCAUGACCACCAUGAACGGACAUGACGAUCACCAGACCAACAACCGCAACCCCAGCCCCGACUACGCCGAUAACAGUCGCAACUACAUCGAUAACAGUCGCAACUACGUCGAUAACAGUCGCAAUAUCUGCGUCGGAGCCAGCCGCGACCUACUGCGCUGCUUCAUCCGUCUCCGAUCCUGUGAGCGCGCCACGGGCUACUUCCAGCUCCUGGACCGCUAUGCGUGGCAGGCCGUCGCGACGUUGCUACUCGCUCGGCUUCUCGAUAACCGCCAAACGGCGGCGUCACUGGGGGGUCCUAACCACCAGCAACAGCAGCAACAUCGCCUUUGUGAUCGCGCCCUGGCGUCCGAGGCGAUGGAGGGAAUGCGGGUUGCGGGAGACGACGAGGAAGAAGACGACACAGACGAGGACAUCGGCUCACGAGAUGGGUUGCUCCGAUUGCUGGCGCUGGACGCCAGCGGGGCCGCCGUCGCUGUGACGUACCGCAAACCCGGCGGGGGGUUGUUGGGGAACCGAAACACACUGGUACUUCCCUUGCCAUUUGUCGGGACCAUCUCUAUUGUACCGCAGCUCCAACAGGUGAGCGCCUCAAGGGGCCGUUCACGCCUCUCUGGGAACAUGGGCUACUUCCCCGUGGCUAUCGUCGAUGCGGUGGGACCGCAGAGCUCUGAUGGUGAUGGCGACGGCGAGGAAGAUGAGGACGAAGAAGAGGACGAAGACGAGGCAAUCCUGAUGAGGGCCAUGGAGUUGAGGCGCACUGCAACCUGGUCAAUCCCGCCUUAUAUGCUGCGGCCGGUCUAA